CGUUCCGCCGAAGAAUUAUUAAUACUACCGUUAAUUUGUAUGAAUGGUGAUUUCUUUUUUUUUUUUCUUUUUUUUUUUUAGAAAUGACUUAUUGAAAACUAUGGGUCACGUGACCAAGAGAUACACACCUUCGAUAAUUUGCUGCAACAUCGUAGGUAUAUAUUCUUAUAUAAAUUGAAAACGAUGGGAAUUCGAAGCAGAGAGACACUACAGUUUGUGUCUUUAAUUUAUUCAUUUCUCACUUUAAAAGUUCGAAAGUUCCUAAAAGGAUAUUUUCCGAGUACAAAAUUUGGACAUUAUAUUGCGUGGUCACGGAUAAAUUGACAGCAGAUCGGCGUAGUUUGUGACCAGUAUUACAAAUUUACAUCCCCGGACAACAUAAAUUAAGAGGAACCAUGCACAAUCAUCAUAGUGUCACUGUCCACUAUCUGAAGAAGCAUACUGUCGUCAACAUGAAAGAAUUGAUUGACAGCACCGUCAAGUGGAAGUGGCUGACCUUCCUAUUUUCACUUUCAACUUUCAUCUUUAUGUUCUUAUGCGUAUCAAUAUGGAUAAUCAAAGAUCAAGAAAUAGAUACCUUUAGCGCAAAUUAUGGCACUUGUCCGGCAGAAGAGUUAGAAGAAUCAGAGAUUUGGAAGACAGUGGAAAGAGCACAUGGCAGUGUUUUGGAUACACUGUCAAAAGAAGAGAUUAAUUUGGUUGUCGACUAUCUCCACGACAAAAUGAACUUAAAGCACCCCAAAGAAGCACAAAUUGACCAAAGUUUUAUUCAUGCUAUUGAGGUUCAUACUCCAAGAAAAAGUGAAGUACUAGACUUUUGGGAUAACAAUGGCCCCAAGCCAAAAAGAGAGGCUAAGGUUUUUAUAAUGCAUGGGGAUCAAAACCCACCAUUUAUUGGAGAAUACAUUGUCGGUCCCCUUCCAAAUAUCACAUAUGCAGAAAUAAUUAACACAACUGCACGGACGACAAAAGUUCCUUAUAUAUAUAGGCCAUUCUCCAGUUUUGAGUUCAUGGCGAUAUACAGAUACGUUAUAGGCCGAGUUGCCAAAGAGGCUCACCAAGUACUUGUUGAAAGUUACAACGCAACCCCGUUUAAUUGUGGCAAUCAGUGUUUGCGGUUUUCGAUGACUCCAAUCUCCAGCGGCUACCUUCCCGAAGGUACGAGGAAGUCGUGGUUUUGGUUUGCUCAUAACGUUGAGUUCUACACCCUGCACCCUCUAGAUUUUCAGUUUUUAGUAGACAUGACCUCGAGCGACCCCAAAGAGUGGAGAAUUUUAGAUGUAUGGUAUGCAAAUCAGUUAUUUGAAUCGCUGUCUGUUUUCCUAAAAGCGUACUCUUGUCAGCAAAUAAAUAAAACCAGAAUUCCGUUCCCUACAGGAGAAGAAAGGACAUUUAGUUCACUUGAAAUGAGAGAGAACCAAUUCCCUAAAAACGGUAGACGGCCGCCGCGGCAAUUCUACCCCGACGGCCCUCGAUUUGAAGUAAAUGGAAACUCAAUUAAAUAUAUGACUUGGGACUUGAAAUACAAAAUGUCGACUACGAAUGGCCUGCAGCUUUUCGACAUUAAAUUUGAUUCGGAGAGAAUUAUAUACGAAUUAAGCAUGCAGGAAGUAACAGUCUUGUAUUCAGGUUUCAGUCCGACCAACCGGAUGUUGUACUACGCCGACAGCGCCGGUCUGUUCGGGACUCGUUCCCGGGGUUUAGUCCCAAGCGUUGACUGUCCCGAAAAUGCCGAGUUUAUCCACUCUUACCUGUACUCAGCCAACGAGAAUGGUCAUCGCACGUAUGAAAACGCUUUUUGUGUUUUUGAGCACAAUGCAAACUAUCCUCUACGACGUCACCGGGCGUACGGACGCUCCGGCGCUUUUUACGGUGGAAUGGUUAACUCUGUACUCGUUGUAAGAACUAUUAUGAGUGUCAUUAAUUAUGACUAUGUGUUUGAUUACAUGUUCUACCAAAAUGGAAUGGUUGAGAUCCGGGUUCUACUGACCGGUUAUUUAGGAACCUCGUUCUACGUCCCGCAAGAAGAAAAUUACGGCGCGCAUGUGCGAAAAACUGUCAUAGCUGGACUUCAUAAUCAUCUUUUUAAUUUCAAGGUUGAUCUCGAUAUCAAAGGAACUAGGAAUAUAUUUGAAACUCUCGAUAUCAAGAUGGAGAACAAGACUGACCCUUGGUAUGGUCAUCACCAUGUUCAGAAUGCGUACGAUCGAAAUAUUCGACGAACGGAGAAAGACGCUGCCUACAAGUAUAACUUUGACACCCCCAAGUAUUUGCUGAUGUCCAACAUAGGAAAACACACACCUCAAAAUGUCAGACGGUCUUACAGAAUUAAACCAUCUGGAAUGUCAAAACUUCUUCUUCCCGAGAAUUACGGAUUUAGCCGCUCCAUAUCGUGGGCACGCUACCAAGUGGCCAUUACCAAACAGAAAGACUGGGAGGAAUCCAGCAGCUCUAUCUUUACUAUGUGGGAUGCCAAAAAGCCGGUAGUCAACUUCCAGUCAUACAUAGAUGACGAUGACGAUAUAGUCAAUGAGGAUUUGGUAGCCUGGGUAACACUAGGAAGUCAGCACCUGCCACAAACGGAGAACCUCCCAAACACCCUGACGGCGGGGGGAGCGCUUUCUCUCUUUCUUAGCCCGUUCAAUUAUUUUGACGAAGACCCGUCAAUGAGGUCUAAGGACUCAGUACGCAUAACUCCAAAGGAUCCGGAAAAACCGACAGAGGGAGCCAAUGUGGAAAGACAUCACAAAUAUACCCACCACUGCAGUCCGAUUCCAAAGUACCCGGAUGUUCAUAUGUCAAAAAAUAGUACUACUGUGUUCACAUAAAGAACGCGGAUAUUCUAGGAGAAAAGUGAUAUUUGAAUGGCAGCAUUCUACCGACUUGUUUUCAAUUUCAUGUUUUAAAAAUAUUGUUCCAUGCUACGUUUUUGUUUGUUUUUAUUCAAAGUUUAAUUAUGAAUUUCUCGUUAUCUUGUUAUCUGAAAAAUCCGAAACUUGAGCCAACACAUGCUGGGAAAACCUUACUAUUUAUGAUAUGUGGGUGUCGUGUAUUUAUGAAUUAAGGGUUGGGAAUGAGAAAAAGUGUGUAAACAGUUGGUCGGUUUUUAUCUCUAUGUGCAAAUAUCAAGUGACUCAGCCCCGGAAUUGUCUUUGAAUUAUCCAAUUGGCGUAAUUCAUAAAGCUUAACAAACCGUCCAUUCUGGUCUCGCUGAGGCACGGCGCGGAUAUGAUUUCUUGGGUUAUUGCUUUGAGCGUUAAAUCGCUGCUUGAUGUCAAUAGCGCAAAUAGAAACGUAUCCUGGCCAAUUUUUGAACGAAUGUUAAGUAUACAUGAUUGUAGAGAUAAGGAGAAGUGUGGAUUGUAUGUUUUUCUUGAAUUAUCAAGCGAUAAAUUGUGAAUACUUGUUAAAUUAUAUAUUUCUAUUGUCUUUGUGAAAACGGGCCAAUUGUGUUUUGUUUUAAUUGUGGUCAUGACUUGUGUAUCUGUUAUACAUGUACGAUAUUUGUAUACCUAAAUUAAUCAGAAAACUGAAGUAUGACUGUUUAUUCAUAUGUAUGUUAUUUUAUUAUAAAAAAAACCAAAAUGAAAUAUACAAAACAAAAAACCAAUAAAAAUGAAAAUC